AUGGAAACCGUUCUUUCGCGGAGCCAGAGGCUGCCAAGGGCAUCACUAAGUCUUUGUCGAGCCUGCAGCCGCCGUUUGGGCUCUCAGGGGCGCAUUUCGCGGCGCGCAUACUCAAGCCAACCGCAAACUGACAUCUAUGAUGUCGUAUGCGUGGGCGGCGGACCUGCUGGGCUCAGUCUUUUGACCGCUCUACGCUCCAAUCCGGUCACGGCCGGCCUUCGUGUAGCCCUCGUCGAAGCUCAGGACCUGUCGAAAACUCGAUCCUGGAAGCUCCCGCCCGAUCGGUUCUCAAACCGCUGCAGUUCCCUCACGCCCAAGUCGGCACGUUUCAUCGACCAGAUAGGAGCAUGGGAUCAUCUCCAGCGCGAACGAGUACAGCCGUACCACGAGAUGCAGGUCUGGGAUGGUGUGACCGAUGCACGGAUAGAGUUCGAUUGGGAAGAUGGUGCGAGGGCCGCAGGCACGAUUGCAUAUAUGACCGAAAACCUCAACCUGACGUCCGGCUUGCUGAAGAGGCUGGAAGCCGUCGGCGGUGCGGACGUCUUUGAUAAUGCGAAGGUUGAGAAUAUCACAUUGGGCGAAGAGACGGAAGAGCUGGAUCUUAGCCAGUGGCCUGUUGUCCAUCUCUCCGGAGGCAAACAAGUUGCCGCAAGACUGCUCGUCGGUGCCGAUGGUGCUAAUAGUCCGGUGAGAACUUUCGCUGGAAUCGGCAGCCGAGGAUGGGACUACCAGAGACAUGGCGUGGUUGCUACGCUUGAACUUGAAGGAGGCGGCUGGGCCGGGGACAACACGAAGAUUGCGUACCAGAGGUUCUUACCAACGGGGCCGGUAGCUAUGUUACCCAUGCCAGGGAACUAUUCAACACUUGUCUGGUCCACGACACCAUCGAACGCCGCUCUUUUGAAGAGCUUGCCGGCCAAAGAAUUCAUUGCUAUGGUCAACGCGGCAUUCCGACUAAGCACUGUAGAUCUCGAGUUCAUGCACACGAUACACGAAGGCCAGGAGGCCGAGUUGACGUGGAGGCUCCAACAUACUCCAGUGAAAACUCAGGCCGUACCUCAGGCCGUUGUUGGUGUUCAGGAGGGCACAGUGGCGUCUUUCCCGCUGAAGAUGCGCCAUGCUGAUACAUACAUUGGCGAGCGGGUUGCCCUCGUGGGUGAUGCAGCACACACAAUCCAUCCCUUGGCCGGGCAGGGACUGAACCAAGGCCAGGGCGACGUGGAAAGUCUUGUCAGUACCAUUGAGUAUUCCGUCCUACAUGGCGCGGAUUUGGGAACUCGCAUGUCACUGGAAACAUACAACCAGGAGCGAUAUGCUGCGAACCACGUGUUGCUUGGAGUAUGUGACAAGUUGCAUAAGCUGUACUCGGUUGAGCAUGGCCCAUUGGUACCCCUGAGAUCUCUUGGUUUCAACGCAGUGAAUGCGAUGAAGCCGCUGAAGAACUUCUUGAUGGGACAAGCAGCAGGGAAAGGCAUGAAGUUGUUUUAG